CAAAUGCCAGCUAUUCCACUAGGAUGUUUGCUGUGUUCCGUAUUAUAAUAGUAAUCAUGAUUUUCUUGUGUUGCAUCAUAUCUCUGUUUACUGUAAUCUAUCUUUAUUGGGGUAACUUAGCUGUAUUGACGGAGAAUGGACUGUUCUCUCUGGGCUAUUCGGGGGCUGUGAUGAAAAUUUCUUACUUGGCAAUUAAUCAAAGUAACUUCAACAUUGCUACAAGUUUAUACGCAAGUUCUGGAAUACAGCUAAGAAUCAGGAGGAGCGCAAUGAAAUUGUUAAACUUGCUAAUUACGCGAGAUUCUACACCGAGUUGUUUUCCUACGUGGCCAUCAUGUCCGCGAUUUACUUCAUAACCACCGCCAGUGUAGUAACUUUGUACAGCCGUGCGACUACCAACGGUUCCGAUUAUGAUCGCAGAGUACCGUUUGGACACUGGCAUGAACAUAGCUUACAGAUAUUGCCAGGUUGUGAGCUCACUUUCACAUUACAAGCGCUGUCGUUGGUGUUUGUCGGUUCCGCCUUUGGAGGACCGGAUCUCACCGUAAUUUUCAUUUUCAUGCACAUAGCUAGCCAGCUCAGGCUAGUCAGUUACAGGCUAACCAUGAUGAGUAAAAAGCUUUACACUGACAAUGAGCCUACGAGCAUAUUUAUACGUGAGUGGGCGAAGGAUAUGAGAGCAUGCACAGCGCAUCACGCUACAGUGCUCAGCGUGUUCCAGUUCGUGGAGUCUUUGUUGGGGCCAAUCAACUUCAUUCAAUUUCUGGUGGCAGCAGUGGAAAUUUGCUUCGUCGGCUGGGUGAUCAUAGAAACCGACGACGAUCCGGCUAAUCGGAUACAGUUUUUAGUACUACUCGUUGCAGUGAUUAUGCAGCUGCUAAUUGGCUGUUGGUCCGGUGAGGUGAUUAUCCGCGAAAGUACGGAAGUUGCUAGCGUGGUAGCGCUCGACGUUCCUUGGUAUGUAUUACCUGCUUCUAUACAGCGAGAUUUCCAGAUGAUCAUGUUCAGAUCGCAAAAGCAUUGCGAAGUCUUGGCCAUCGACCUUCAAACUAUGUCUCUGAAGAAAAUGUCGAACGUCUGCCGAAAUAAAGAUGCACAUUCAUUUUCUCUAUUUCAGUAACAUUGAAAAUCUAAGUAUUUUUCAGUAGUGGAAAAGUUGAAACAUGAAUAUUUUAAGAUGACUUGAACUUCAUUCAAAUUCGCAAAAUAAAAGCAAGUCAUUAGUAAAAGUUUCAAACAGAAAUGUUCAACAUUAUUUUGUAGUAGAAAGCUCCAAAAGUAGACACUUUGAGUAAGCCUAUAAGUACCACAUUUGGAUGAAAACGAGAAUAAAUGAUGAGAUGUGACUAAACAACGACACGUACAUUGUAAUGUUCUACUUUAUAUUUAUUGCAUUUACAGUAUAAUCAAAUUAUAUGUACACAGAUUAGAUAUCUGGGAGCGCCUCAUUAUUGAUUAUAGAGAUGUGGGUUGUCUAAUAUUAACGCCUAGUUACAAUCAUAUGAUUGGAAGUCUAUUCGACCAGGCAUAAUUCUCCUAGCAGCUUUCUCUAUCUUUCGUGAAACGUUCCUUCUAACCGUUUUCUCAGUCAAUCGAUCGAUAAAGACGAGGCUAUCUUGCACUUUAUGAGUAAACACAUUCGACAUUUUAAUACGUAUUUUGAAGUUAAUUUUUAAAUUAAUAAGUA